AUGAGACAAUGGGUAUGCCGUAUUGGAUACAAUGUCAACGAUCUAAAUCGUCUAAAUGUCGUUCACGUUGCUGGUACGAAGGGAAAAGGCACAACGUGUGCCUUUGUCAAUUCCAUCCUUCAGAACUACCAACAAUCGGUUGGGGUUCCCCGCAAGAUUGGACUCUAUACCUCUCCUCAUCUGGUGAUGGUUAGAGAGAGAAUUCGAAUUAACUCCUUUCCGAUUUCAGAGGAACAAUUUACCAAGUACUUUUUUGAAGUCUGGGAUGCCCUCGAAUCGAGUGCUGUUAGAGAAGGUAUCGAUCCCGCUCAUAAACCCGCCUACUUCCGAUUUCUCACCCUCAUGGCAUUUCAUGUCUUCAUGAGAGAAGGUGUUGAUGCGGCUGUCUUUGAAGUUGGAGUAGGAGGUGAAGUAGACUCAACGAAUGUUAUUCCACAGCCAUCGGUGACUGGUAUCACCACCCUUGGGAUUGACCAUAUGGCUGCACUCGGUGAUACGAUCGACAAGAUAGCAUGGCAUAAAGCAGGAAUUUUCAAGACUGGCUCUCCCGCCUUUACCGUUCCUCAAGUGCCUGACGCCAUGGAGGUCCUGCAUCAGAGAGCGAAAGAAAAAGGCAUCAACCUCGUUACAAUUGCAGUCCACCCUGCUGUUUUCGAUAUUGGUCUCAAGCCAGCGGAAGAUUUUCAAAGGACAAAUGCUUCUCUCGCUAUUCGACUUUCACUUUCCUUGUUGAACAAACUCGGAGUUCAAGUGGACCUUGGCCUUGAAACUCUUCCUAAACAAUUUACCCAAGGUCUCGAGAACAUAGUUUGGAGAGGAAGGUGUGAGGCACUUACAACAGAAAAGCAAAUUUGGCAUCUUGAUGGUGCACAUACAGAAGAGAGCCUAAAAUUAGCGGCCUCAUGGUUUGGACGCGUCUCAAAAUCACAGUCAAACCGGUCAAGGGACACACCAAGGGUGCUCAUAUUCAAUCAGCAAUCUACACGAGAUGCUGAGGCUCUUCUUCGAACUGUGCAUAGUGAGAUAUACAAUAAUUGCAACUUGAAUUUCCAGUAUGCGCUAUUCUGUACGAAUGUGACCUACAAAGGCAACGCCUACAAAGUUGACUUUGUCAACCGGAAUGUCGAUCCAAAAGAACUCGAAAGCUUGAGCCUACAAAGGCGCAUGGCUGAACUUUGGCAUCAGUUUGAUCCCAGAACAGAGACAAAAGAACUUGUAUCGAUCGAAGAAGCCAUCGAAUACGCAAACGACAUUGUCUGCGAGGUGGAUAAGACAAUGAUUCUCGUUACUGGAAGCUUUCAUCUUGUUGGGGGUGCACUUUCCGUCUUGGAAGGGGAGAGUUUCGCCCUCCAAAAAGCCACGGCCCAGUAG